GCUGCCCAGUUCCUGCGGCAGAGGCAGCGGCGAGCCUACCAGAUCUUCGAGGAGACCAAGCAAGGGCACCUGGAGAGGGAGUGCGUGGAGGAGCACUGUAGCAAGGAGGAGGCCCGGGAGGUCUUUGAGAACGACCCCGAGACGGAGUAUUUUUACCCGAAAUAUUUGGCUUGUAUUCAGAAAUAUGGGUCACCGUAUACAAGAAGUCCAGAUUUCCUUACAUGUGUUCAUAAUUUGCCAAACCAGUGUUCUCCCGAUCCUUGUCAUAAAGAGGGGACCGUCAAAUGUGAAGAUCUCAAGGGGGACUUCUAUUGUGAAUGCAAGCGUGGCUGGCAGGGAAAAACAUGUGAAAAAGAUAUUGAUGAAUGCAGGGUGCAGAACGGCGGCUGUAACCAGCUCUGUCUCAACAAGCUAGGCAGCUACCGUUGCUCAUGCUACAGUGGCUACGCUCUUAAAGACAGCAAGACAUGUGAAGACAUAGAUGAAUGCACAGCAUCAGCAGACAUCUGUGGAGAAGCUCACUGUAAAAAUUUAAUAAGCUCAUAUGAAUGUCUUUGUGAUGAAGGCUACAAGUAUGAUGACGUAAGAAAGACUUGUCAGGAUAUAAAUGAAUGUGAAGAAAAGCUUUGUGAACAGACCUGUGUCAACUCGCCAGGGAGUUAUACCUGUCAUUGCGAUGGCAGAGGGGGAGUAAAACUUUCCCAGGACAUGAAUACAUGUGAGAACAUAAUACCAUGUGUGCCUUUUGCUGUUGGAAAAAGUAUUAAAUCCUUGUACCUGGGGAGGAUGUUCAGCGGCACUCCUGUUAUCAGGCUGCGCUUCAAAAGGAAACAACCAACGAGACUUGUGGCUGAGUUCGACUUUAGAACCUUUGAUCCUGAAGGUAUCCUUUUCUUUGCUGGAGGCCAUCAAGACAGCACAUGGGUAGUCUUGGCUUUGCGCAAAGGACGGCUAGAGCUGCAGCUGAAAUACAACGGAAUAGGCCGCGUGACCAGCAGCGGACCACUUAUCAACCAUGGCAUGUGGCAAACGAUCUCUGUUGAAGAACUUGAAAGAAGUUUGGUUAUAAAGGUGAACAGGGAUGCGGUUAUGAAAAUAGCUGUCUCAGGGGAUCUGUUUACUCUAGACAAAGGACUGUAUCAGCUGAAUUUGACAGUAGGAGGCAUUCCUUUCAAAACAAAGGACCUUAUUCUACCAAUAAACCCUCGGCUGGAUGGUUGCAUGCAGGCAUGGAACUGGCUGAAUGGGGAGGACAGCACUAUCCAGGAGACCAUAAAGAUGAAUGAAAAGAUGCAAUGCUUUUCUGUAGCAGGACGAGGGUCUUUCUAUCCUGGCCGAGGUUUUGUUGUGUUUAAUCUUACUUACAUGCAACCUUCUUCUGGAAAUGACACCAAGACAAGCUGGGAAAUAGAAGUGAAUGCUGCAAUUCAACCAGCAACAGAUACCGGUGUGCUGUUUGCUCUAGUUACAGAAGAAGCAUCUGUCCCUUUAUCACUCUCUCUGAUUGAUUAUCAUUCCACAAAGAAACUGAAACAACAGUUUAUCAUCGUGGCCUUGGAGAACACUGUUGUGUCCAGAGUGGCAAUAAAUCUCUGCGAUAAGAAGGAACACUCUGUGGACAUCCACCUCAAGAAAGAUCUCUUAUCCCUGAGGGUAGAUGGGAUAGCGGGAGAGAGUGAACUAAGCAUCUCUGAGUUAGAGGACAGCCUGUCCAUCUUGGAGAGCUCUGUGCAGUCAACAGUGAAGACGUAUGUGGGAGGAUUGCCAG